UCGUUUCUCAACAAAUGGAUGUCUCUUGUCCAACCUCUCCUAUUGACGACGACGAACAUUUUGAAUUUGUCGACUAUACAGCAGCUUCACAAUGGGAACGUUUUAUAACUACUGUUGAAGAAAUAUUAGUGGGCUGGGGAGUAACAGACGGCCAACUUGGAAUAUUUGACGAAUCGAGCUUACCACCUUUUAGUCAUAAAACUUAUGCUAAGACGGUUGGAGGUAUUGAUCCUUUUGUGAAACGAGAAAUAAUCAUUCUUGAGGAUAAGUCGUAUACUUUAUCUUAUCAUUAUCACCCAAUAAAACGCUGGAAUGAAUUGGAUAUAAAUAAUUCAUCUUCUGCAAGCAGUUCUCCUUCACAUUUUCCCCCUCCACCUACGACUACACUUUUUCCACCAAAUCCUGAUCCAUUUUCACCUAGUUCUGAAUUCCUUCCACACUCUCUUCCGAAUAAUUCACACGACUUAUCAUCAAUAAAUUUAAAUACAAUUCAUCGAUGGACUGGUCUUACCCAUAUUUUGGUUUUGACUCCGACCGACAUUUUUUAUUCUGGAUCCGCCCAAAAAUCUAGUACAAUUGAUCUUAGUACUACAAAACUUCUUCUUUCAUCUUUUGCCAUUGUAUUUCAUAAUACAAAAUGCAAACUCCCUGUUUUUGUUCCAACUGGUCAGAUUUCAAAUUUAUUAUAUGCCGGCUAUAUGUGUUUGUUUAACAAAGAUGGUUCCAAAAAUGUGGAUGAUGCUAGUGAGGUAGAAAUAAGAUUUAAUACUACCUACAUUCGGGAGAUUCCACCUUGCUAUUCGCAUCUAGCGGGUUUAACAGAUCUCUUUGUUGAAAAAAUGGAUUUAAAUCAAUUGCCUUUUGAUCAAGUUGAUGAACCUAAAUUAGACAAGAUGCCACAUCUUGGAAUUUCCGUUGCUGGUUUAUUCACUUAUGAGUUACAAAAUUGGGAUGACCAAGAUUGGAAAAAUCUUGAUUAUGAAGAUAUUCAGCCUACUUCUCUUAAUAAUUCGAAUGGCAAAGAUGCUUCAUUUGAGGAUGAUUUUUUUGAAGAAUUUGAAGGGCGAGAUGACAGCAUGUUUGGUAAUGGUGAUAAAAAGGACACAUCCAAUUAUCCACGGGCAUCUACAAAUGAAUUUGUUUCUUCGGUCGUAUCGAUAACAAAUUUACCCUUUGGACCACUUAAUGAUCCACUUGAGUCAAUGUCUCUUACCGCGUUUUUUCCUUCUGCGCCAUGUAAUACAUAUUUAGACAACGAUGUUUAUUCUGAAAUGGAUGCCAUGGGCGCUUCUAUUUGGCUGUUGAAAUGUAAAUUUUAUGAAGAAGAUAAUUUAUAUGGCUUGUUGUCUAGCCUUAUAGAUAAUAUAAUUUCUUCUUGGAUAAUUGACAGCGGCAAUAAACUUCCGGAAACUUCAAACAGUGGUGGCAAUCGUAACAGAGAACUAAGAAGUAUACCUAAUCGCGAUUUGCCAGGUAGCUUCAAUGAUUAUGAUCUGUUUGAUACAGCUAGAUAUGUUCGACAAACUACUGGCAUAAUUGUUGAUAUGGAUGAUACAGAUAUUGAUAAUAUAUUGCGGGAACUCUUUAAUGUAUCACGAAAGAAAAGAUCAGCACCAUAUUAUAAUUCUGAAGGAAUCAAUACUUUAAGCG